AUUAGUGUUUGUGCUUAAAACAUUGAUAAGCAAGCAAUUACAACAAUUUAAAUUUAAUACGUAAAAAACAAAUCACCAAAUCGAAUUAAAUCAACAAACAUAGUGAUUUAAGUGAAAAUCGCACAAAAUGGAAGUUCCACCUCCUCUAGUGCUAAAACGCCCGCUAUAUGUGCCGAGCAAAACGUUGAUGGGCCCAGGACCCUCAAAUUGCUCCCAACGUGUACUAGAGGCCAUGAGCAAUCCCAUUCUGGGUCAGUUGCAUCCCGAGUGCCUCCAGAUCAUGGACGAGAUAAAAGAGGGCAUCAAGUAUAUAUUUCAGACACUGAACGAUGCAACAAUGUGCAUCAGUGGCUCUGGCCACAGCGGCAUGGAGGCCGCUAUGAGCAAUCUAAUCGAAGACGGCGACGUCGUACUCACGGGCAUCUGUGGUAUUUGGGGUCAUCGUGCCGCCGACAUGGCGCGUCGUUAUGGAGCAGACGUGCGCUACGUUGAGGCCAGCUUCGGACGUUCGCUAUCGCUAGAGGAAAUAAAGUUUGCUUUUCACACACACAAGCCGAGGGUUUUCUUUAUGGCCCAAGGAGAUUCAUCCACUGGAAUACUCCAAGGUCAUAUUCGAGAGAUUGGCGAGCUGUGUCGUCAGUACGACUGUUUUCUGGUGGUGGACGUAGUUGCGUCUCUCGGUGGCACUGAGUUUUUCAUGGACGAGUGGAAGGUUGAUGUGGCAUACACCGGCUCUCAAAAGGCGUUGGGUGCACCGGCCGGCAUCACCCCCAUAUCGUUUAGCAAGCGUGCCUUAACCCACAUCCGACAACGUAAAACAAAACCGAAAGUCUACUACUUUGAUAUACUACUUGUGGGUCAGUAUUGGGGGUGCUAUGGCAUGCCCCGCAUUUACCAUCACACCAUCUCCUCAACCCUGCUGUACGGAUUGCGCGAGGCCUUGGCGAACUUUUGUGCCAUGGGUCUCAAGUCGGUAGUGCAUAGACAUAAGGAAUGCUCGACGCGGCUGCAGUUGGGCAUUGAGGAACUGGGCCUGGAAAUGUUUGUGGCACACGAAUCAGAACGAUUGUCUACAGUAAAUGCUAUAAAGGUGCCUUUCGGCGUGGACUGGAGGAAGGUUGCCGAGUAUGCUAUGCGGAAAUAUAACUUGGAAAUAAGUGGCGGCCUGGGACCCACGGUAGAGCAUGUUUUUCGCAUUGGCCUCAUGGGUGAGAAUGCGACGGUGGAGAAAGUCGAUAUGGUGUUAAGUAUUUUGCAUGAGGCCAUACAGAGUAUAAAGCAACGAGCACCGAAUGUGGAGCGGUCAAAAAUAUGAAUAUACUGUGUACAAACAAAUAAAAUAUCUUGCACUUUAUUUUCAAAGCCCAGGGAAUUCCCUUCAAUGUGGUACUGCUUGAUAGAAUGGAAAUACAUUUAUCUAAAAACUUCAGAGUUAAA